UUCACCACCACCACCGCCGGCGCCACCACCAUAAUGGCCUUGUCUCGUUUCAACUUACACAACCUCACUCACACUCAAAGAUCACUGCUCAAAACACACACAUGGAGCUCUCAACUCCUCCACCACCGUUUCUCCUCCGCCACCACCCACCACCAUGAAAAACCAGACACCAAACAGGUUUCCAUCUCCGACGACGACUCUACCAACAAACCCAAACUGUUUUCUGCCCAUCGGAGAUCACUUUGGUCGAAAAACAAUCAUCGGAAUUCUCUCUCUGGAUUCGGAACUGCGAUGGCGACCAUGAACAGACUACUGAAUAACUUAUCGCCAUGGCAUCUGAUCAGAAGAUUGAAACAGAAAGAUGAAAGCUAUGACAUCAAAUAUCAAAUGCCAGGGUUGUCUAAAGAUGAUGUGAAGAUUUCAGUUGAAGAUGGGAUUUUGUUCAUCAGAGGAGAGCAUAAAGAUUCCGGUGAGGAUGAGAAUUGGUGGGGCGCCAGUUACAGUUACUAUAACACCAGCCUGAGGCUGCCGGAGGAUGCGAAAGUGGAGGAGAUCACGGCGGAGAUGAAAAAUGGGGUGUUGCAUCUUAUCAUACCAAAAGAUGAGACCAAGAAGAAAGACAUCAUCAAGGAGGUUCAAGUUGGCUAGUUUUUGUCUAUCUAUACAGAUAUAGAUACAUACAAUGUGUGUGUGUACGUAUAUGUAGAGUAAGGUUCAUAGAGAGAAAAGUAAUUAAAUAAGACAAUAUUUAAAUGGGUCGAAUCAUAUGUGAGUCAUCGGUUAUGUCUCCAGUACACCCUUCGCAAUCAUUUUAAAGUCACGUG